AUGACGAUGAUAACGAUGUUACCUAUGGUAUUCGCUUAUUUAAUGAUCUAUUUAACUGCAAUUACUGGACAAGAAAUGCCAUGUGAGCCGAAAGACUCGUGGUCGUGGACACCGUGGUUUAAUUUUCAUACUCCAUCCAUCAAAGGUGAAUAUGAACUGCAUGCUGCUAUUCGAAGUCGACAUCCAGCAAUUGUUUGUGCUGAACCUCGUGGUGUGUCAGCGGUAAAUCAAGCUGGUGUUGAUAUGAAUCAAACACUCGAUAUGAUUUUAUUACGUUCAAACGAUGUUUUCUGUUUAAAUAGUUAUGAUCCGAAAUAUCAACGCAAGAUGUGCGAUGAUUACAGUGUGCGAUAUUGUUGCCCUACUCUAACAACACUAACAUCAUCAGUACAUGCGCCUCCACCUCCACCUCCACCUCCACCGCCCGCAUCAGUUCAACCGACACCAUCACACGUAGUGAAAAAUCAAAUACGUGAUAUGUUCAUUGGAAAUGCUACACAUACAACAACGUCCGUAGACAACCAUUCACGAUUUGUUCAAACUACAUGUGGUAGAGCAGCACGUUCGACAUCAUUUCAUUCAAAUACUCGUACAGGCUACUUUACUAAUCUGUUUCAUUCGAUACUUUCAAGAAUUAUCAACGGCGUUGAGGCACGUCCGAAUGGGUGGCCUUGGCUCGUAUCAAUCGGUGUGAGAUAUCGUGGUCCAUCGGGCUUAUGGCAAAAUCGCACACAUAUCUGUGGUGGAACAUUGAUUGAACCAUCACACGUUCUCACUGCUGCUCAUUGUCUUGAGCAGAAGAUUGAUGAUCGUUACGUUCCAUUUACAUCGACCAAUCCGACAUUAGAGUCCUUUUUUAUCCUACGCAUCGGUAUUCAUGACAUCCGUUCAACUCGUCCAGAGGAACUUUAUGCAGCACGGCGCAUCUUUGUUCAUGAACGAUUCAUUGCUAGUACAUUCGAAAACGAUAUUGCUAUCAUUCGACUUGAUCGACCUGUUGUCACGACUGAACAUAAAUCACCGAUAUGUUUGCCAUCGGCUAAUGUGGCACCGGGCACACAAGUAACUGUAGCUGGUUGGGGUACAGUGGCGGAGACGUCACGUGUUCAUUCCAAUGUACUAAGACAAGCCAAUGUAAACAUUCUACCAGCAACGAAUUGUCGUGUGUACAUGGAUGUUCAUUACGAUACGGGAAAACAAUUGUGUGCUGCCGCUUUGGAUUGGUCCAAAGAUACAUGUGCUGGUGAUAGUGGGGGACCAUUGAUGCAUCAGGAAAAUGGUGAAUGGUCUAUAGGUGGUAUAACCUCGUAUGGUUAUGGUUGUUCUAAACGUGGAUUUCCUGGUGUCUACGUUCGUACGCAAGUUGAUGUUAAACGUGAAGGCGAAUGGCAACGUAUCAAUUCGGAAGAUCUCGUCCGUGGUGAUAUCAUACAUGUCCGUGGUGGAGAUCGUGUUGCUGCUGACAUUCGAAUCAUUCAUACAUCUGCUCUUCUUGUGGAUAAUUCGAUUAUUACAAAAGACUCGGAUCCGGUACCUCGAUCAUCGGACUAUACAAAUACAAAUCCAUUGGAAACCAACAACUUACUUCUGAGUGGAACAAGUAUAACUCAUGGAUCAGCAAUCGGUAUUGUUGUCAAAACAGCUGAACAUACCCUCUUGGGUAAAAUGUCGAAUAUUACUGAAAGUUUUGAUCCGAAAAGAACUAUCUAUGCACGAACUAUUCGUUCCAUGUUUCUAUUCCUGACAGUUGCUGGUCUAGUGUUGGGAGUGAUCUUUUUCAUCAUUCUCUAUUCAACUGGUUAUUAUUGGCUGUACGCAAUUCAAAUCAUGAUUUCAGUGUACAUCGCCUGCAUACCUGAAAUUCUACCAGCUAUAAUUCAUUUAUGUUUGACACGUACAGCACAACAUAUGGCUACUCGAAAUUGUCUUGUCAAAGUUAUCGAUGCUUUGUACGAUUUGGCUUGUACAACAAUCUUAUUCGUUGACAAAUCAGUUUUAACGACGAAUCAAAUGUCCGCCAGCCAAAUAUGGAUACCAGCAAAUCAAGAGCGUAUUAUUUCGGGUGCUCCAUCGGAAGAUCCCAAUGUUAUACAAGAGUGUAUGCAAAUGCCAGGAUGGCAACAAUUAAUGCGCACAGCAGUUCUAUGCAGUCGGGCGGAGUAUUUCACCGAUCAGCAUCAAUCGGGUCGACAGAUACCACUAGGAGAAUGGGAUGGUGAUGCACGUGAAAUAGCAAUAAUAAAAUAUGCGGAAUAUGCUGAAUUGGACAUUGCAGCAAUUCGUCAUCUGUAUCCUCGACGAGAUGUUCAUCAUUUUACACCGGAAAACAAACGAAUUGAAUCGUUUCAUGUGAAUAACGAACCUAACAUGGAAGGAAUGUUUCUUGAUUGUAUGAUGGGUGCGCCGGAACGUGUUUUUCAUCGAUGUUCGUCGGUUAUCAUCGAUGACGAGGAAGAACCAACUGAUGGUAAUCUCGCCCUGGAGCGAAUGUUCAACGAAAGUCUCAUCCAGAUGGGUUCAUUGGGCGAUACUGUACUUGGUUUCGCUGAACGACAAUAUCAUCGCGAUGAUGGUCCACAAGAAAAUUGGCGCUUUCUUGGCCUUAUGUCAUUUAGUGAUCCGAUUCAGGAGAAUGCUGUUACAGCAAUUGAAAAAUGCCGACUGGCUGGAGUGAAAGUUAUCUUGGUAUCUGGUGAUCAUCCUGUCACAACAUGUGCACUGGCUAGACGUUUGACAAUCUUUUCGCCUGAAUCAGAAACAGUCGAAGAUGUUGCUAUUCGACUUGGUGUUCCAGUUGAUCGUGUUGGGCCAAGACAAGCAACAGCCGUUGUUAUUCACGGCCGUGAUUUACAUAAUAUAUCGCAACUCGACUUGGCCGAUACCAUCAUCAAUGCUCCUGAAGUUGCUUUUGCUCGUACAACACUUCGACAAAAACAAAAAAUAGUCGAAUGCGCUCAAUUAGGCAAAGCCGUGGUGACAUGUUUUUGCCAAUCAUCGGAUGAUCGUGGUGCGAUCCGAAAAGCUGAUGUGAGUGUGGCAAUGCUAAAUCGUAGUAGUGAAGCCUCACGUCAAGAAACCGAUCUUGUUUUACUUGAUAACGAUUUGAAUACACUAGUCGGUGCUAUUGAAGAAGGUCGCUAUCUCUGGGAAAAUAUCAAGAAAUGCUUAGCUUAUUGUCUUGUUGUGAACGCCACGCAACUUUUACCAUUUUUAAUGUUUAUUAUAUUUCAAAUACCUCUAACACUUGGUCCAAUUACUUUAUUGCUUGUGGAUUUAAUUACACAGUUAUUACCGACGAUCUCUUUAGCUUAUGAAAGACCAGAAUCAGAUAUAAUGACAAAGGGACCAAUUGAUAAAUUUCGAGAUCGAUUAGUGAACCGAAGACUUCUAUCGCUCUGUUGGGGACAAAUUGGUUUAAUUCAAAUUACAGCUGGAUUUUUCACAUGGGUUGUUGUCAUGGCCGAAAAUGGCUUUUGGCCAUCGCGUUUAGUCGGUAUUCGAAAAGCAUGGGAUGCCGCUGCUGUCAAUGAUCUAGAAGAUUCUUACGGUCAAGAAUGGACAUAUCGACAAAGAAAAAUUCUCGAAUAUAUGGGCUACGCAGCAUUUUUAGCAGCUAUCGUCAUUGUACAAAUGGCUAAUUUACUCGUGUGUAAAACGCGUCGUUUAUCAUUAUUUCAACAAGGUUUACGAACUAAUAUGUUUGUCAAUCUAUGUUUAAUAUUAAUGCCCGUGGUAGCUGUUUUAUUGAUUUACAUUCCAGGACUUAAUCGCGCUAUUUUCCUCGAACGAUUACAACCUUUGUGGCUUUUAUGUCCUAUUCCAUUUGCAUUGAUGAUUUUUGGCUAUGAUGAAAUACGUAAAUUAUUCAUUCGAAAACAUCCGGAAGGUUGGGUGGCAAAAGAGACGAAUCAUUGA